ACCUCUGGCGAAGCUGUGGUUGUUGUUGACCACCACCUCCAAUUCACCACAACCUUCCACCAUGUCGUCGCGAUUUGUGUUACAGAAACCAUAUGUGGUGGCCACUCUGCCCCAGCCCAUUGACCACGCGAAAGGGCAGUAUGUGGUCGCUGAGGUAUACGGAGGGGCACCUGGCACAAAAAAGAGAAAACGAUCCGAAUUGGCUGUGGGGAUUGAUGGAGAAGGUGUAAAUCUAUAUGAUGUAUGUUCUACACGGCAGACACAAGGUCUAUAUCUGAAUUUCUCCAGGUCUCGUCUUCUAGGCUCAUAACAUCCUAUGCGCUACCCCCGCAAUCCUCAUUUACCUGCCCUCCAAGCUCUCUCCGAACUCGAGUCUCGAAGACCAAAGUCGAACGUCGAACGUAUGUCUCAACCAGAGGAUCUCAAUCCGGAUUGACUCUCUUCCAUGAAACCACAGAUGGUCUCGAACCACCCACUUCUUCGAUCAAGACCUCUGCCAUUUCACACUCCCAGAGGCCGAUUAUUUACUUGGGAACAAUUACAGCUACCAGAUCAUCGGGUUCUUCAGCAAAUACUACGGACUUGCUUGUUGUGAAGGAGGAUGGCGAGGUACAAUGCUACGAUGGUGAUAGCCUCGAGGAGAAAUGGUCAUCACCUGCUGCUGCUCUCUCGCGCGAUGCAUCAGUCCCAAUGAAUCGCCUCAAGGUUGAAUUUGCACAACUCACCAAUGCUUUUUCAGCAAGCCAAGGAAUACUUAAGGGCCGGCAAGACGUUCUUGCAAUGUUUCCUCAAGAAGUGGAGGAAGACGGGUUUAAUCCAGAGAUAUUAAUGAUGAUAAGCUGGUCCAGUGAGACAAAGAGCAGAAUUUUGCACGUCGUCAAUCUACCCCGAAGGUCGGCUGCAUUUGCGAAAGGCAUGAAGUACUCGGUCGAGUCCCUCCUGGCGGUAGAGAUACCCUCCGGCAGCGCGGACAUAGUUACGAAACCAUUGUUCACCAUACAAGUGUCCGCUGGUAUCUUGCAGCAACUUCAUGGCGACGCCUUGACAACUUUCGAUCUUAGCGAUACGCUUCCCAAGCAACAAAAUAAGAUUACAUCAACAGACGCCCAAUCCUUCCUCCGCCUCUCGAAUACCGCCAUCAUGAUAUCCUCUAAAAACUCCAUCGCUGUAUAUAAUCCGAAGUUUCAGUCACGGUUGGCAUCUGUCGGGCUAGAUAUUUCUUCAGAAGACUCUCUGAAGCGAAAACGUACCGGGGAUGAACUGCAAGAGAAGGGACCAAGCCAUGUCUGCAAAUUUGUAUCUUACUUUCCAAAACUUGCUACGGCCAUGGCCAUUGUUGACAAUGAUCUCGUUGGCAUUCAAAUAGAAGGGCAACAAGAUCGCCACGGGAGAUCACGUACUGCGGGCUUAUUGAUCGACUCGCUCGGCUGUGCAGCUAAAGAGCAGUCACGCCCAGGACGAGAUGGCGCUGUUGGCUCAAAGAAGGCAAAGUUGAGUGGAAUGGUAACCUUGGAUUCUUUUCUGCCUGGCACCAUGGGUCUCGGUCAGCCAUGGGUCCAGAACAUCGCUGAACUAGAGGACCUGUUUGCCAGAGGAGAUUGCGUCGAAUCAAAAUUCGACGAAAAGAUCGAGAUGCACCUAGGCGCAGAUUGGUCAGAAAAGACAAGAAUGACGAAGACUGAGAAAACCAAUGCGAUGGACGUUUCGUCCAACGGAGACAUUAUUAAGAAGCCAGCGACCAAGCGCAAAUUUCCACCUGCAGAUGUUGAUCGACGAUGGAUAUCGUAUGCUCUAAGCAAGAUAUUCACAUGGACUGCAAGCGAAGGAGGAGUAGAGCCUAGCUUGUCGAUCUCGUUCUACCCGCUUAACACGUUCAUGUGGUUGACUUCGAAUGGCUAUAUGACCGUUGCCAACAUCGAAGCGGCCCUGAGAAGUAGCGGAACAUCAGUCGCUUCAAUUCCACCAGGACAGCUUGUGAAGACUCUGGUUGAGAUCGACCCAGACAUGGAUCUCUUAUAUGCAGUGGUCGCAAAAAAUUACCUAGCUGCUCCAGAGCUUCUUCAUGCAAUCCGGAACUUGAUGAAAAGUCUCGGCUUGUUAGGCGAUAACCCAGGCACGAAAGGCCUUCUCACCAAUGAAGACGACGUGGAUCUUGCAAAUGUGGAUGUUGAGAUGCAGGUUGAACAAGCCGAAAAGGACCUUGCACUGGCAGAGUAUCAACUCGGUCCAGGAUCAGGCACUCGUGGUGCGGCUCUGAGCUUAGCCCUUACCAAACUCUACAGCUGUCCAAGUGACGAUGUCACAAUUGCACUUCAGACGAUACUAAGCAGCCAAGAGAUUGUCUGUCUGAUUUACCUGUUGAGGUUCGAACUGGCACGUGGGGGAUGGACGAGCAGAUACACGGACAGUCUCGAACAGCUGGAAAUGGUAGAUGACGACGAUAUCCAGGAAAAUGCUAUCAUACUCAUCGCCAGUCUACUAAACAAUUGCAUAGAUGCGGUUGGUACAGUGGGAUGGUUGUCUGGGGAGGCGAGGCUGGCUGACGAUGAUCUUUUCGAAGCUGAGGAAUUGAUCGCAAGCCUGAAGCUUGAAGUUAGUGCAGCAUUGGAAGGCAUUGAGGAAGCGGUCUAUCUCAAAGGCGUGAUAUCGGAACUGGUCAAAUACGCCGAUUCGUUCCAUAGGGCCCUCCCAUCACAAUCUAAAGACUCGAAGAAGGGAAGUGAUGGUCCUAUCGUCCUCCCCUCGGACGACCAAGAUAUUCGGGCAUUACCCAUUUCUCUGAAGGCAGAGAAACAGAUCUCGCUUCUGAAAAUUGGUGCAGGAGGAGCAGUGCACAAGCGAACAGCGCGAGACAUUGGAUUCUUGAAAAGUCAGAAGGUCGGAAAGUACUCUCGGGAGAGAAUUAUCCUGUAAAGGGUUAUGUGGAAAAUCACUAUACAAUAAACCCUAUUUUCAAAUCUUGUUGGCACCAUGCGCAGUGUUUAAGGUGCCGUCAUAUUCCUACUCUCCACUGCAUCCACAUCACACCACACUCUGAAGAUCUUCACAAUUUCUUGCCACUCUAUUUACGACCUCGUGUUCUCGCAUAGAAACCAAACUUUUCCCUUCCAAAUUUUCACUCCCAGCAUGCUUCCAGAGUCAAUCAACCUCUAACAAAAAGCUUGUCCACGGUUGCUCGGAACCAUCGACAUUCUAGUCGCGAUUCUCUCGGGUAGAACCGUCCUCUCAAAUUCUCCCUCCACUCUCUCACAGCCCAAUUAUUAACCAUGCACAACUCUCGAUGUUCUUCCAAGCCACAGAAAAACCUUCUAGCGACUCCUCAUCGGCAGUGGUGUCAUGCAGCCAUCCCCAAUCGCUUUCUCCAGGUGCAGCGACCUAUCAAAACAUCCCAACGAUCUCGGUGAGGCUGAGACUAUCCCCACCGAGUAGCCCGCAGCGUGAGAGAAAUGAUACUGUAAUGGCUGCGCCACUGGGUUCGUGACACAGGCGAGACAGGCUCACAGGCUCGACAGGGUGGUCAACAUCCUGCCAAUGAAAAUUAACGGGCACUACCAGCCCUGUACGGGCUUGUCCUUGACCUCCUCGACCUCGAACCAGCUGUGGAGCCACACCACCUUCUUCUCCCUGGGCUACGCUACGCUACGAAUUGCGACUUUUACCCCGCCGCUGCAUCACUCAGCAAGUCCUCCCGUGCUACUACUGCCAGCGCGCUACCUCGACGUCACUACUCCUUUUCAUUGCUACCUAGAGUCUUCUUCAGCUCUACAGCCUUGUUUUGUUCUUCAUCCCCUUCCAUUUCUCAU